AACUACCAUCGUAAGUUAUCGGCCCCUGUUUAUGUACCAUUCUAUAAAACAACAAAUAUGGAUUAUUAUUAAAACACUGGUUUUCUUUAUACAGACCCCGACACAUCUGUCACCGCAGUCCAAGCUAUAAUAGUCUUGUCAUCGAUUGUCGAUAUGUCGCCACGUCUAAAAGUUUAGAAAUGUUCAAAGAAAAAGCUAACACCGUGAAUAUAAUUUGAUAAUGAUACGAAGGAAGGCCAAGGAAUACGGUGGUUCCAGUCUAGAACUCGGUGGUGCUACUAACCUGAUAAAGUAUGUCCCAAUGAAGCGGCGGAUGUCUGUAAACAUCGUCAGAUACCUCAUCUUGAUAUUGCUUGGAGUAAUACUUCAUGCUGGAUAUAAACUGAUGUUCAACUCAAAUUCAGAGCGUGAGUACGCCGGAAGUCCCUCUGAUGACGCACUGAACGAUGACGUUGCCGAAACUACAGAAGGCGGUUUCAAGGACAGUCAAAAUCUUGCGUUUGAUGAUGAAUGGGAGCACAAAGAAAAGAUUGAAAACAAAUUGAAAAUACAUUCAAAAACGGUUCUUGAUAAACAUAUGAAAAGUCAAAAAGAAGACGCUACAAUUGCAAAAAAUCUUAACCUUGACAAAGACGUGAAUGUCAAAGAUGAUGAAAAAUCCCAAAAUAGUAAAAUGUUAAACAAACAAUCAAUUGAUAAGAAUCACCAAAGUAACGAAAUGGAAUAUAACGUCAUUAUCGACGAAUUAGAUCCAAAAGAUAACCUUGAGAUUGAAGAUUUGAAAAACGAAAUGAAAAUUGAAAAUGAUAUAGCCAAAUUAAUGGACGAAGACAGAAAUUCGGAAAAAGUGGCCGAAUUGCCAGUGGAGGAGUCCUCGGACCUCAAACAGCCAGUCCAAAGAGAUCCGAAAGUUCAAAAAGAGUUCCAACAAAAGGCUGACAAGAUAGUACGCGUGGUUAAAGGCAACGUCCAGAGCGUCAUUUUGUCUGAGGGCGGCCACCACAGUCACGAAAUCCCGGUGUUUGUGACAGCGGCAUCACAACAGACGUUCGGUCAGAUCGAACACCUUGUGGCCUCCAUCCAGUAUUUCUAUCCCCUGGAAACCCUUUAUAUAUUUGAUCUGGAUCUAAAUGAAGGACAACGAAAAAAGCUGUCUUCGUUUUGCAACGUGCGAAUGCGGGGAUUUUGGUUCAAUCUUUUCCCCAAAUUUAUUCAAGAUUUGUCGAACUAUCACUGGCGACCAUUAAUCAUUCAGACGGCUCUUGCUGAAUUUGGCCACAUAACAUGGAUAAAUCCAGGCUUUAAAGUGAGUUCCACAGUGUUCUCUGAACUCGUCCACAAAUCUGAGGAUCCUGGGGUGCUGAUCAUUGGACAGAGCGCCGAUUACUCCACGUUUGCCGUCACUAACCCCGGGAUGUACAAAUACCUCGCCGUCAACAGAGCCGAUCUCUAUAAGUUCCCUCACAUUGAAAUUAAAGCCAUAAUUAUUCACAACACUGAGGACAUCAUGAACCAUUUCAUGAAAAUUCUUACCGCAUGCGCGGUCGAGGAGCGUUGUCUGACUCCCUUUGGCGCUUCCUCGGACUGUACUUUUGACGUCACGGGCCGGGAGUACGCACAUUGUCACCGUUUUGAUGAGUCCGCGGUAAAUAUCAUACUGAAGAACUGGCUAGGACACAAACCCGUAUCUUAUAUGGUGAAAAGUACGUUUCUUCAGCCGAUUAAUAAAUAUGACAGAGUGAGUCCUAAAGUAUGCAAUAAGUGAAAAGACCAAACUAUACACAUGGAAUACAUCUCGAUGAUCAAGCAGAUGAGUUCCCUGAAGAUUUAUGACAUUGCUUAAACGCCAUUGUAUUAGUCCGACAUCUUUAAUUUGUGAUGUCCUCAAGCAUUUGUACUUAAACCAUAGACGUUCUCUUCGUAAAGCACUACAUGUACAUGUAGUUGUGUCCAAGCGAGAGAAAUAUUGUAAGGUUUUUGCAGGCAUGUCGUAUGUGGCCUUGUAAGUUAAAUUAAUGAAUGUCAGUACUCUGUAUGUAAGGUAAAAUGUGAUCCAUAUUCUUGGUUUUAUUAUGUCAUUAUUGUAUUUUACUAUAGUCAUAUAUACAACUCAUUUGAUAGUGCAGAUAUAAAGAAAACUCAAUUAUAUAAGCCUUACUUUUCAGUACGUCUGCAAUGUUACGUGAAUUAUUAAAUUCUUAAUGAAUACUAAAAACCUCUCUAUACACGUACAUGUAUAGAUACGA